CACCGCUUCUUUUAACGGAGGCGUUUGGAUGAUUCAUACGUAACGUAAUUUGAAUGGGUUCAGGGGAGAAAGUGGGGAAGUGUAUAUGAACGAAGAGAAGAAAAAUGGUUUUGUAAUGGCGGACUUGAAAGCUCCAGAACCUCUGGAAAUCGAAAACAGGAUAAUGGAGCUGUGCCAUCAGUUUCCCCAUGGUAUUACAGACCAAGUAAUUCAGAAUGACAUGCCUCACAUGGAAGCUCAGCAACGGGCUAUGGCCAUUAACAGACUGCUAUCUAUGGGUCAACUAGAUCUUUUGAGAAGCAGUGGUGGACUUCUCUACAGAAUCAAGGAAUCUCAGAAUGCUACCAAAAUGAAGGGAUCUGACAAUCAGGAGAAACUGGUAUAUCAGAUUAUAGAGGACGCAGGAGAUAAAGGCAUUUGGAGCAGAGACAUCAGAUACAAAAGCAAUCUUCCAUUAACAGAGAUCAACAAGAUCCUGAAGAAUUUGGAGAGCAAGAAACUCAUUAAAGCUGUAAAGUCUGUAGCAGCAUCCAAGAAGAAAGUGUACAUGUUGUACAAUCUCCAGCCUGAUCGUUCUGUGACAGGAGGAGCUUGGUAUAGUGACCAAGACUUCGAAUCUGAAUUUGUAGAGGUGCUAAAUCAACAGUGUUUUAAAUUUCUUCAGACUAAGGCUGAAGGAGCUCGAGAAACCAAGCAGAAUCCUAUGAUACAAAGAAAUAGCUCAUUCACCUCUUCUCAUGAGGUGUGGAAAUAUAUCAGUGAGUUAGGUAUCAGUAAGGUGGAAUUGUCAAUGGAGGACAUAGAAACCAUUUUAAAUACCUUAAUAUAUGAUGGAAAAGUAGAAAUGACCAUUAUUGCUGCAAAGGAAGCAUCAGCAGGGAGUGUAGACGGGCACAUGAAACUCUACAGAGCUAUUAGUCCAGUCAUACAACCCACUGGGUUGAUACGGAUACCUUGUGGACUUUGUCCAGUUUUUGAUGAUUGCCACGAAGGUGGAGAAGUAUCUCCUGCAAACUGUAUUUACAUGAUGGAAUGGCUAGAAUUUUAGGGGUCAAAUGAAGAAAUUGGCUCUGAAGCUUUAAACCUGAUGAAUCAAACUCUUUAUUAGAAAACUGCUUGGGUAUUGGGUUGACUGCCGUGCCAUCUGCUAAAUGAGCUUCUGUUGGAUUGAAUCUAUAUUUCUGCUUCCAAGUAGUAAGAUACAUAGGGAUACAUAGGGAUACAAUAAAACAGAGCUUCAGGAGACAAAUUAAAUUUUGACUAAGAGUAUUAGUUUACUGUGCUAAAUAAAAUGAGCCCGUGAAUUGCAACUGAAUCCUGCAGUAUGUGUUAAGAUUGUCUUAUUAGUGGAACCUUUAGUUCACUUAUUUCAUGGAACUGGAAAUUGGGAAUGCAGUCCACCCAGAUGUGAAAAAAAAUAUUAAAAUGGCAAGAGUGUCCACCAGAGUGGCACCAAAAGUGGCAAUGCUUUCUAUAUGUUAGUGGAACACUGAAAUUGGAGUUGGUGCUAUAUUCAAUAAUAUAAAUGUGUCAGAUCUGUGUAUCUGUCAUUUCUUCAGUGGAGGAAGAAAACGGGGGGAAACUGAUAAAG